AUGAUGACAGGUGUUGGACCGGAGCGACGGCGCAGACGGCCAGCAGUAUCCUGCACUCUAUGCCGGAGACGCAAGAUAAAAUGCAACCGCGAAAGUCCCUGCAGCAACUGCGUAAAAUCAAAGAAUGAAUCGUGCGUCUAUGACGGUGAUGCGACGCCGCUGCGAUUUCGGGGCACGUCCGAACUGGAUCUUGCGAAAACGUCGCCAGAACGCCAUUCACUGGGGCCUCCGGAUGGCGGUGCAUCGCAGGUUCCAAGCUAUGCGUCUAGAUCUCUGGCAUCCAGUUCGAAGUCCUCGUUAUCCCGGACGAGUCUUGCAUCUGCCUCCGAGGUGGAGUCUAUGAAAAGCACGAUUAGACGUCUUGAAGAGCAGUUGGUCAAAGCUACGCAGACAGCCAGUCCGCAGCCUCGUCCCACUCCCAAUUCUAAUAACAUUGAAACGACUACUUCGCAGUUGGCCGGGACUUUUCAUAUUAACCACGGCAGCCGCGUUGACGCCAAUUCGCAGGCCGUCAGCCGGAAUCUGGUGAUCCAUAAAAGUAGGCUAUUCGGUGCCAGUCACUGGGCGCAGGGUGCUUCAAUGUUUCGCGAUGUCUUUGAGGUGAUCGAACCGUACAUGCGCGCCAACGGUUCCAAGGCAAUCUCCGGAAUGAAGAGGUGCAAGGAUCUGGCGAGAAUCAUCAAAGCCCAACGGACGCCGCGAUGGCCAACUCCUCCGACGACAGAACUCCCACCCAAAGGAAUUGCCGACGAGCUCGUUGACUGCUAUCUUCGGACGGUUGAAACGACCUUCCGAGUGUUGCAUAUACCCACCUUCAAAACCGAGUACGAUGCGCUUUGGGUGUCGGAUGCCGGGCCCAGCAUCGCAUUCACAGUUCAGCUCAAGCUUGUUCUCGCCAUUGGAGCCAUCACGUAUGAUGAGCGUUUUUCUCUCAGGGCGUCGGCUAACCGUUGGGUCUAUGAAGCUCAUACUUGGCUGUCCGACCCGGACUUCAAACCGCGACUGAACAUUCAAUGUUUGCAGAGCAGGAUUCUCCUGUUGAUCGCGCGAGAGACGAUAAAUGUGGGCGGCGACUCCAGUUGGAUUUCUGCGGGCGCUUUGCUCCGCACAGCGAUGCACAUGGGAUUGAACCGAGAUCCUUCUUGUCUACCGAAUCGGACUACGGUCGCUGCUGAGAUGCGAAGGAGACUGUGGAACACAAUCUUAGAGCUGUCGCUGCAAUCUAGCAUUAUGUCCGGCGGAGCGCCUCUACUAUCUGUUGACGACUUUGAUUGUGAACCCCCCGCGAACUUUGACGACGAACAGCUCCUGACGGACGACCCGGUGCCCAAGGCUGACGAUGAAUAUACCCAAACCUCAAUCGCAAGAGAGCUCCGCAAGACCUAUCCGCAGCGUCUUGCAAUUGCGCGGUUCUUGAAUGAUCUAGAGUCCUAUGCGACCUACGAGCGCACUCUCCAAUUCGACACAGAGCUUAGGGCUUCAUACCGCGCCAUUUGUAGAACACUAAGAGGGUUUAAGUCUGGACAUGGGCGGACGCCCUCGCAAUUUGAAACACGGGUCCUGGAUUUCAUCAUCCAUUACUACUUCUGCUGUCUUCAUAUGCCCUUUUUCGAACAGUCCCUCCGCGAUCCGACGUACGCGUUUUCCAGAAAGGUGGUCAUCGAGAGUGCCGUGAAGGUCUGGUGCGCUAUCUAUCCAUCGUCCAAUAUCAUGGCAGCUGCUCCUCGAGACGAACGAGUGUCAGACCGAGAUGAUAUGACCCGAUUCGUGACGUGUGGAUUUGGAUUCUAUCGCACAGGGAGCAUGCUUGCGACCAUGUUUGUGUUACUGGAGCUCAAGGCCCAGCUGCAAGACGAAGACAGUCUUGGCCCUAGCCCCUACCGCCAAGACUUGUUUGCUCUUCUGACGGAUGCAAAGGUGCGGUUUUGGGAUAUGAUUGAAUGCGGUGAGACGAAUAUCAAGGGUUUCUUGCUGUCUACGUUGGUAUCUGCCCAGGUCGAGGGACUGAUGCAGGGCUUGGGGCCGACUGAAUUCCCACACCAUCUGCUCCGGGCGGCAGAGCAGGCCGAGCAACGAUGUAUCUCGUUCAUGGAGGAUAAGGCUGCACAAGGCUACAAUGGGAUGAAUAUCGAUGCCGUCAACGAGAUUUCCGAGAAUGCGGCACCGUUCAUGGGCGACUGGGACUGCAUCAUGUCGGAUACAGAUAACUUCUUUAAUUUCGGCGAUGUCGAGCCGCUGAGUUGGGUGCUCAACGACGAGAGUCGACCGUUUAUGAUGUAG